AUGGACCAUUUCUCUUAUACAGGUGGUGCUUACAUUCCACCUGCGAGACUUCGCAUGAUGCAGGAGCAAAUUACUGAUAAGAGCAGUGAAAACUAUCAAAGAUUGAGCUGGGAAGCCCUAAAGAAGAGUAUCAAUGGCUUGGUGAACAAAGUCAACGUUGGCAAUAUGUCUGAUAUAAUAAGAGAAUUAUUCAAGGAGAAUAUUGUUCGCGGAAGGGGCCUAUUAGCUAGAUCAGUUAUAACUGCUCAAGCUGCAUCUCCUACUUUUACUCAUGUUUAUGCAGCAUUGGUUGCAGUAAUUAAUACGAAAUUUCCACAAAUCGGAGAGUUGCUAUUGAAGAGAUUACUAAUUCAGUUUAAAAGAACAAUGAAAAGAGGCGAUAAAGCCACAUGUCUUACAACUGCUAAAUUUUUAGCGCAUUUGGUUAACCAACAAGUUAUUCAUGAAUUGGUUAUCCUCGAGAUACUGACUGUAUUUUUAGAAAAUCCAACCGAAGAUAGUGUUGAAGUUGCUGUUGGUGUUAUUAAGGAAUGUGGAAAAAAGUUGGGUGAACUAUCGCCAACAGGAAUUAGAGGAAUUUUCGAUCGCUUUAGAAGUAUUAUCCAAGACAGUGAUAUAGGAAAACGCGUCCAAUAUAUGAUAGAAGUGCUAUUUGCCAUUAGGAAAGACGAUUUUAAGGAUUAUCCAACUGUAAUUGAAGAGCUGGUGUUAGUUGAAGAGUCCGAUCAAAUCACACAUUUUCUAUCUCUCGAUGACGCCGCUGAUGGAGAAAAUAUACUAAAUAUUUUCAAGUUUGAUCCAGACUAUUUACAGAAUGAAGAACGGUAUCAGGUAUUACGAAAAGGUAUACUAGGUGAUGACGAUGAUGGAUCGUCCGCUAGUGGAAGCGACGAGGAAUCGGACGAUGAUGAUGACGAUGAUGAAGAAGAAGAAAAAGGUACUAUGAUUUUGGAUCAGACCGAGACAAAUUUGGUGGCUUUAAGGAGGAAUAUUUAUCUUACCAUACAGUCCAGUUUGGAUUUCGAAGAAUGUGCUCAUAAAUUAUUGAAAAUGGAGAUAAAACCGGGGCAGGAGAAAGAACUAUGCAGUAUGAUUAUAGACUGCUGUGCCCAGGAGCGUUCGUAUCUCAGGAUGUACGGCUUACUAGCACAAAGAUUUUGUCAGUUAAACAAAACCUAUGUUGAACUAUACGACGAGAUAUUCCAAGACCAAUACGAAAAUUGCCAUAGGUUGGAAACUAAUAAAUUGCGAAAUGUGGUAAAGUUUUUUGCACAUCUAUUUUUUACGGAUGCUAUUCCUUGGACGGCUUUGUCCUGCAUUCAUCUAAAUGAAGACGAAACUACAUCAUCAAGUCGAAUAUUUGCAAAGAUUUUAUUGCAAGAAUUAUCUGAAUACAUGGGUAUCAUGAAAUUAAAUAAGCGUUUCAGAGAUGAGACACUAGCUGAAUUUUUUGAAGGCUUGUUUCCACGAAAUAAUCCAAGUUAUACUAGAUUUGCUAUCAAUUUCUUUACCUCAAUUGGCCUUGGUGCAUUAACUGAUGAGUUAAGAGCACACUUAAAGAACGCUCCGAAGCUAAUAAUGGCUCAAAAAAGAGCUGUUGAAUCAAGUGAUGACAGUAGUUCAUCAGAUUCCAAUUCAGAUUCAGACUCCGAUUCUGAUUCGAGUUCGGAAUCGACAUCUUCGUCUAGUGGUAGCUCUGAAGACUCAGGUAGGAACAGUAUUUUCUUUGAUCCACCUAUAGAUUUGAUAAUAUACUAUUCACUUAAAGGUUAA